AUGAAGUCAAACACAACUAACCACCGUUCAGUGUUUCUCGCAGAUGAAAGCCACGAUGAAUCGUCCGACGAGCAAGCGCAGGGCCGCCAUCGCACCGGCCAACGGUCCAAACAUGCAAGGCGGAGCCUCGAUGACGUCAACAAAGGCCCCGUUGUUGGGAAAACCGUCCCUGCACCGGCAGCUGGAGUGAAGUCCGUGGCUGGCGGUGGUCCCCUCGAUGCUACUGCCAGUGGUCCCUUCCCUGCUGCUGCCGUUGCUGCCGGAUAUUCCCCUGCUGCCGCUGCAGCCGGGUCUUCCCCUGCUGCCGCUGCUGCCGGAUCUUCCCCAGCUGUUGCUGCUACCGGAUCUUCCCCAGCUGUUGCUGUUGCCGGAUCUUCCCUUGCCGCGGCUGCUGCCGGAUCUUCCCCUUCUGCUAUUCCUGACGGUGGUUCACCUCCUGCUGAUGUGGCUCCCGAUGAUGUUGUUCUCGUCGGGACACCAGCUCCUGUUGAAGGGCAUGCAGGCUACACCCCCGAAUCGGCCGAAGGGAUGCAGGUGGCAGCGAUUGCCAAGUCCCAGGGCAAGCUGAAGAAUGUUGUGGAUCGUUUUAACGAUCGCAUCGGGAAUAUCUACCGCCUCUGCCGCGUUUACGCCUUGAGCCGAAGUCCGUGCGUCUUCAUGAGGGAGAAGCGCACCCUGAAGGGCGAGCUUACUUUCUCCGAGAUCGAUGACUUCUCGAAGGUGCGCUUCAAGCUUCGUUACCCGCACAACAAGGCCCAGUUCAAGCGAUCAGGGGACCCGUCAGCCUUCUCCAGGCAGGCACGGGUGGUGCAGAGGUGGAUCAACGAGGGGCCCGUUGACCGAGAUGGCGACUGUGUCGGCAUUGGCAGCAUCUGCAUCGUUGGAUGGAAGGAGAUCCAUGAAGCUGAGCUGGAAGCAGAUGAGCUCGGGAAUUUGACCCAAGAUGACCUCACCGCCAGGGCCGCUUAUCGCAUGCUUCACAACGCAAACGAGGUGCAGAAGGAGAUGUUCUAG